GGCUCGCUUCUCACUGCGCGUGUCUGUCUGCCGCUGUGCACGGCGACAUGUUUGCUCUGUGCCCUCGUUGUGGUGUGACGUGUAAUCAAUAGAUAUUUAUAGUCCUAACACUUGUUAGCACGAUUUUGAUAUAAAGUUAAUACUUUUUUAUUAACAAUCGGGUUUAUAUGAAAUACUUAGAUGAAUCUUAAUAAUUAAACUGUCUAACGGAGCUAUAGUGAUGUCAGUGAAGAAAGAGAGGAGGUUACCAAGCGCUGAGAGUAGGGGCGCGGCGGUAGGCCGGCUGGUGGACUGCAGCCAGGCUGACGACCGGCGCCUGAUCCGGCUCGUGCGCGAGCGGCGUGUGCUGUAUGCCCGGAACAAUAAUAUGCCCGUGGCCAUCUACUACAACCAGGUCAAACGCCUGUGGCUCGAGGUUGCCGACAAGAUGGGGUGGACCGUGGCGGACGUGCGGCGCAAGUGGUCUCACAUCCGCAACUCGUACUCGCGUCACCUCCGCAACGAGAUGUUCGGAGUGCGCACGGGCCGCGGCCGCAUGGUCUCCAAGUGGUACCUCGCCGACGAACUGGACUUCCUGCGCCAGCACAUGGCCACAGACACGAGAGCGUUGCGCCAUUCGUGCUCGCCUGUAUACGUGCGCGAGCCGGUGGCUGCCACCCAGAGCUGCCCGUCCCUUGACGGCACGUCCACUCCAUGGUUCGCGCUGGGCAGCACGUCUCACGUCAACCCCACGCAGCUGUCGGCGGAGUCGCAGCCCUUCUGUGACAACUCUUCAAGUCCUCACUCAUUUGAGCCUGAUGAAAAUUCUGCUUACUUUCACUUUUUCCGAGGUAUUCAUAACGAUUACCAGGAGCUGCCAGCCAAAAAGCAACGUUUGUUUCGUCGCGAAUGUCUCGCCUUUCUGCAUCGGCUGCUAGAUGAAGAGGAGCCCCGGGGACAAGAAGAUGCUCUCGACCUCAGCAACUCCAUUGAUACGGACGAUGAAAAAGAAUGUAAACCAAUCUUCAUCAGCAAUGUGGAAAGUAUCGUCGGGGACAGUGACUCCACCCAGGAGUGUGUGAAUGAAGCGAAGUGAAUUACGGGUGUUGCGCGAGUUGGCCACUAUACAUUACUAGGAAAAUAGUACCUACUGUAGGUUCAUACCGAUUAUAUACAUUCUUACAGACUGCUUGAAAUAAAUCACCCACACCUUAAGCACGGUAAUAUUACGUAUUAGUGUGAAGUCUAUUAAUGUGACUCUGUGUGAG